AUGGAGUUGAAACAUGUUAUUAUUAUUAUUGUUGUUGUUGUAAGUAGGGUGGGAAUAACAGAAGGAAUAAGAUUUGAGAUAGACAGACAAGAAUGUCCGUCUCACAAUGUUGAAUAUGAAGGAGACACUCUUCAUCUCUCUUUCGUUGUUAUCAAGUCUGAUACUCCUUGGCAUAUCACUGACGAUGGUGUUGAUCUCGUGAUUAAGGGACCUUCAGGAGAUCAAAUUCAUGAAAUUCGAGACAAGAUCAGUGGAAAAUAUGAGUUUGUGGUACGCAAGAGAGGAGUUUACCGCUUUUGCUUUACCAACAAGUCGCCUUAUCAUGAAACUAUUGAUUUUGAUGUUCAUGUUGCUCACUUUGCAUUUUAUGAUCAACAUGCCAAAGAUGAACAUUUUUCACCAUUGCUAGAGCAGAUAGCUCGGUUGGGGGAAGCCCUUCAUAAUAUUCAAUUUGAACAACACUGGUUAGAUGCUCAGACUGAUCGCCAGGCAAUAGUGAACGAAAACAUGAGCAACAGAGCACUUCAAAAGGCGAUGCUUGAAUCAGCUUUUCUCAUUGGGGCUAGUGUCCUCCAAGCCUUCCUUCUGAAACACCUGUUCGAUCGGAAACGUGGAAUAUCAAGAGUUUAAGUCUAAGAUCAUUUAUAGUAAGAUUACAAGCUCAAAUGUUGCUUUGACUCUUCAUUAACCUUUCCGUAUGGGAAAAGUCUUUUGUGACUUGGGUUGGGCAUUAUCUUAUCGAGAAUGUUGAUUUAUAGACA